AUGUCUAAGAAGGAAGCGAAGCCCAUGUUAAUUCGGUGGGUACUCCUCUUUCAAGAGUUCGAUUUGGAGAUUCGAGACAAGAAAGGAUGUGAAAAUGUGGUAGCAGACCAUCUUUCAAGACUUGAACAGGCAGAACAAAAAAAGAGGAUAGUAGCGAAGGCUUUACAGUCAAGGUUUUAUUGGCAGUCACUAUUUAAGGAUGCACAUGAAUAUGUGAAACACUGUGAUCAAUGCCAACAUACAGGGACGAUCUCCAAAAAGAAUGAGAUGCCUUUGAAUUCGAAUCUAGAAGUGGAGCUCUUUGAUGUUUGGGAGAUCGAUUUUAUGGGACCAUUUCAUUCUUCUUAUAAAAAUCAGUACGUGUUGUUGGCAGUUGACUAUGUAUCGAAAUGGGUAGAAGCAGUAGAAGCACCAACUAAUGAUGCUCGAAUGAUUGUAAAUUUUUUGAAGAAGAACAUAUUCUCGCGCUUUGGCACUCCUUGA